AUGGCUGCAGUCUCACGGACCAUGACGAGCGCGCCGUUCGCCUCGCCAAUGCUUCCUCUCGCCAGCCAACUGCCUUCAGCUGGCCUCUCCGCCGCUCACGCACCCCAGCAGCUGCAGAGCCAGGACCGCGCGAGCAAUGUCGGCCGGAGGAGCGUCGCGACACCCGCGAACGCGGCGGAGGCGCCGCUGGACGUGCGCGCGUUCAAGGCGGAGCACGGGGAGGCGGAGCUGGAGACGGAUCCCGCGCGGCUGUGGGAGCGGUACGUGGCGUGGCUCUACAAGGACGAAGCGUUGGGGCUCGAACUCGACAUCAGCCGCAUGGGCGUCACGGACGCCUUUGUCCAGGCCAUGGAGCCCAAGGUUAGUUGUGAGUUGAGCGGCGCAUUGCGGGCCAGUACUGACCCAGCACUCCCUUCCAACCUCUUACCUCCCCCCACCCACCCCUCCACCCCACCUUCUCCGCCGCUCUCCUCCCGGCUGUUCCCCACCCUCCGUCGUCCCUCUCCCCGCUGUCUGCAGUUCGCGGCGGCGUUCAAGGCGAUGGACGAGUUGGAGAAGGGAGCGAUCUCAAACCCGGACGAGAGGCGCAUGGUGGGGCACUACUGGCUGCGCAAGCCGCAGAUCGCCGCCAGCCCCACGCUCAGGAAGGAGAUCGAGGAGACCAUUGAUGCUGUUGACGCCUUCGCCACCGCUGUUGUCAAUGGCACGAUAAAGCCUCCCCCAUGCCCAGCCGGCCGGUUCACCCAGGUGCUAUCUGUCGGCAUUGGAGGCUCGGCUCUCGGCCCUCAAUUCGUCUCCGAGGCUCUCGCAGGCACCAACCCUCCGCUCCAGGUGCGGUUUGUGGACAACACGGACCCGGCGGGCAUCGACCGGCAGCUGGACCAGAUCGGAGCAGAGCUCUCCUCCACGCUCGUGCUCGUCAUCUCCAAGGUGCAUCCCGGUGCCCUCUCCUCUCCCUCCCACGUGGUUGUGAGUGGCGGCACGCCCGAGACGCGCAACGGCUUGCUGGAGGUGCAGAGGGUGUUUCGUGAGAAGGGGCUGGACUUCGCCCGGCAGGGGGUGGCGAUCACACAGAGGGGGUCCCUGCUGGACGACACUGCUCGCAUGGAGGGGUGGCUCGCCCGCUUCCCCAUGUUCGACUGGAUUGGUGGGCGCACGUCCGAGGUCUCGGCUGUGGGGCUCCUGCCUGCUGCCCUGCAGUGUUUUCACACUCCUGCGAUUCUGCUGAUUCUUAACGUGUGUCCUUAUGCGUUCCUUGUCUCUACCUGUUCAUGUGCUGUGGACCCACCACCCAUACGCACCCAUCUUUGCAUCUCCUCAUCUUCCCCGCACCUCUUCCACCUCUUUCCUUCACCUGUUCCUCCUCCCUCACUCCCUCGAACGCACAUCACCCUCGCCUCGUUCCCCUGCCCCCAUAUCCCUCCAUCUCUGCUCGCCCUGCACUCGUUUCAGAUCCGCAGCAACCCAGCGGCUCUCCUGGCGCUCUGCUGGUACUGGGGGUGUGACGGCAUUGGCUCCAAGGACAUGGUGGUGCUACCGUACAAGGACAGCCUGCUGCUAUUCAGCCGCUACCUGCAGCAGCUGAUCAUGGAGUCCGUGGGGAAAGAGUUCGACCUCGAUGGCAAGAGGCCGCUACCUGCAGCAGCUGAUCAUGGAGUCCGUGGGGAAAGAGUUCGACCUCGAUGGCAAGCGGAAGCCUACCUGCAGCAGCACAUUAUGGAGUGGGUGGGGAAGGAGUUUGAUCUGGAUGGCAAACAGGUGAACCAGGGGCUGACGGUGUAUGGCAACAAGGGCAGCACAGACCAGCACGCGUACAUCCAGCAGCUGAGGGAGGGCGUGCCCAACUUCUUUGCCACGUUCAUCGAGGUGCUCACGGACCGGCAGAGCGGCCGCGACUGGGAGCUGGAGCCGGGGGUCACGUGCGGGGACUACCUGUUUGGCCUGCUGCAGGUGGGGGUGGGGGAUAUCGGGUGGGAAAGUGGGAUGGGGGGAAGGGGUGCAUGUGUGGAGUGGAAAAGACAUGCAUGUGGGAUGGAGGGACAAGGUUCUCACGGACUGACAGAAUGGCCACGACUGGGAGCUGGAGCCCGGGGUCACGUGCGGCGACUACCUGGUACGCGCUCUGCUCUGUAUGCCAACAAGCGCGAAUCCAUCACGCUGACCAUAAAGGACGUGGAUGCAGCGACGGUGGGCGCCAUCAUUGCUCUCUAUGAGCGCGCCACAGGGCUGUAUGCCUCACUCAUCAACGUCAACGCGUACCACCAACCAGGAGUGGAGGCGGGCAAGAAGGCAGCAGCAGAGGUGCUGACGCUGCAGAAGAGAGUGCAGGCAGUGAUCAAUGAUGCGAGCUGCAAGCACCCAGUGGAAGCUCUUACCAUCCAGGAGAUUGCCACGCGUGCUCAUGCACAGGCGCAGGUGAGAGUGCAAGGGCAGAGGCGCAGGUAA